CGGGCGCAACACUUCAAAAUUAGCAUUUGUUACGUUCAGUUUCACAGGAUUCGUCGAGUUGUCAUCACGUUUCACACGCCUUUACCACCCGCGCCGACCGAUCAUGGUCCUGGCAACUUCUGUCGACGACGUCACCGCUGCAUCCUCGUUGCCCGGCCCGACGACGCUCAUCUCGACGGGUCCUCGUCCGUCUUUUCUCAUCUCGCAACUCGCCGCGUCGUCGCCACUCCGCGCUACGCUAGAGGCAUGCGCCGACCAACCCAUGACUCCAAAUUCGUUUGCCUUCGCCCAUCGCGGAGCGCCGUUGCAGUUUCCAGAACACACGCGGGAGUCCGCAGUGGCGGCGGCGCGUCUGGGCGCCGGUACGAUCGAAUGCGACGUCACGUUCACCAAAGACCACGAACUAGUGUGUCGGCAUGCCCAGAACGACCUGCACUACACGACUAACAUCCUAUUGACCCCCCUCGCGUCAAAGUGUUCGACACCGUUCACUCCAUACAACCCCGACACGAAUGCGCCAGCUACCGCGGAAUGCUGGACCUCCGACCUGACGUUGGCCGAAUGGAGGACGCUGCGCGGCAAGAUGGAAGGCUUCAAUGCCAAGGCACUUACGGUGGAGGAGUAUGUGCAGACAGGUACCCCCGGUUUCCGCACGACGUUGUACGCUGGCGUCACCAGCGGCACCUUGAUGACGUUAGCCGACUCGAUCGAGCUGUACGAGCACAUGGGAGUGCGCCAUACGCCGGAAGCCAAGGCAUUUGUCGGCGGCGGUUUCAACUGGACACGACCUGCCUUUGUGCAAAAGAUACUAGACACGUACAAGACGUUCUCUAUUCCCCCCACUCGGGUGUACAUUCAAUCGUUUUUCGAACAAGACGUCUUGUACGUCGUUCGAAACGAGCCAGCGUUUGCAAACACCGCCGUGUUGUUGGACAGCAUGCAGUCCAUGGCCACUGCGCCGAAUGCAGCCACGUUUGCAGCCUGGGUCGACCAAGGCAUCCGCAUCUGGGCGCCGCCGCUCUUUGCGCUCCUGGACAUGCAACAUGGACGGUUGGUCGCGUCCCAGAUUGGCCUCCAGGCCCGCCGCGCCGGCCUCGACAUCAUCGGGUGGUCGCUCGAACGGCAGGGGGUUCUCGCCAACGAUGUAGUAGAUGAUACGUGGUACUACCAAUCGGUGCUUCCAGCGAUCCACAACGAAGGGUUUGCGUUGGAAGCGAUGCAUGUGUUUGUACAAGAGUUGCAACUCGUGGGACUGUUCUCCGACUGGGCUGGGACUCCUGCGUACUACGCCAACUGCGUGGGCUACGGCCACAACCCCGUGACGCGCUCCUCUCACGCUGCCACGUCAUGGACGAACUCGGUCCACAAGGACUGGCUGGUGUUUGUGGGCGUCGUUAUCGUGUUCCUUGGGAUGGUGGGCAUGUUCACUCGAGCGAGAACGUACCUGCACCAACGGCCACGCGACACGAAUCACCACCAUGCUCCCCUCCUUCCCCGAUGCGACUAACAAGAAUCGCUUCCUUGAAGUAUCGAAAUUUCGAUUUAUAUUAUUAUAUGCGACAAAGUAUACUUGAGUCGUAUU